GGAAAUGAAGCAAGUCAGUGUGCGGUGACCACUGCUAGGCAGCUGACAUCAGGUGUACGCGCGCGCGUUUUCGUGAGACUGGCCCUCCACUACCGCGGCUUUAAAGGGAAAGGAAAGCCACAAAAAAGAACUUUAGGGCGUGCGAAUAUCUUUGCGCGUGUGUGUGUGUUUGUGUAUUUACUGUGACUGUGACACGAGCUCGUCUCGUGGUUUUGUGACAAACUAGUGAUUUUGAUGCUUCAUUGUUCGGAGGUUUUGCAGUGCAGUGACAGACAGACUUCUCGAGUGUGAUCUCGACUGCUCGUGAAAAUACAGCUGCACCAUUCUCACUCAACCACCGGGGCGGAUUGCUCAGGCGACCGGCCAAACCACCAACCAAAACAAACGCUCUCUAGCACCUAUCAAACGUACGUGCUCGCGCACGCUGAGGACCCACGCCCGCGGCCGCGUGCUUGCAAUAUUCAAACGGAGCGUUUGCACGACCGCAGCAAAGCAUGGAGAGCCUUCUCGGCGGCAGCCUGCUACUGAGCAAGCUGUCCAAGGUGUUCACACUGUUCUCGCCCGUCACGCUGCUGCUGCUGACCACCGUGUCCUGCGCGAUCUACGUGUACAACCGGCGGCGGGCCCAUAUCGUGCGCCACAUUGACAAAAUUCCCGGCCCGGCCGGCCUGCCCAUCCUCGGCAACACGCUGCACAUCAACGUGGACCACGAUGAAAUUUUCAACCGCAUCAUCGCCAUUCGGAAGCUGUACGGAAGAAUCCAAGGGUUCAGCAGGGCGUGGAACGGCCCGCUGCCGUACGUGAUGAUCUCCAAAGCGAGCGCCGUCGAGCGCAUCCUUGGCAGCCAGAAGCACAUCGAGAAGAGCCACGACUACGAGUUCCUGAAACCAUGGCUCGGUACCGGGCUGCUGACCAGCGCCGGCAAGAAGUGGCACCCGCGGCGCAAGAUCCUCACGCCGGCGUUCCAUUUCAAGAUCCUGGACGACUUCGUCGACAUCUUCCAGGAGCAGAGCGCCGUGCUGGUGAAGCGCCUCGAGGCGGAGCUGGGCAACGAGCAGGGUUUCAACUGUUUCCCGUACGUGACGCUGUGCGCACUGGACGUGGUGUGUGAAACGGCCAUGGGCAGGCAGGUGAAUGCGCAGUGCAAUUCCGACUCCGACUACGUGAAAGCUGUGUACCAAAUUGGAAGUAUCGUCCAGAACCGGCAGCAAAAGAUUUGGCUACAACCAGAUUUCAUCUUCAAGCUCACGCAGGACUACAAGAACCAUCAGAAGUGUCUCGCCAUCCUGCACGAAUUCUCCAACCGCGUCAUCCACGAGCGGAAGGAGGAGAUCCGACGCCAGAAGCAGCAGCUGGGCGACAAAAACAACAACAACAACAACAACAGCAAUGGCGGUGGUGGUGCUGCUGGUGCGGAUCAGGACGGCAACAACAACAAGGACGACUAUCUGUCGCACGAGGAGCUGGGGCGCAAGAAGCGGCUCGCCUUUCUCGAUCUGCUGAUCGAGGCGUCCCAGGACGGUACCGUCCUGUCGCACGAGGACAUCCGCGAGGAGGUGGACACGUUCAUGUUCGAGGGGCACGACACGACCUCGGCCGCCAUCUCCUGGAUACUGCUGCUGCUCGGCACCGAGCCGACCAUCCAGGACCGGAUCGUGGAGGAGAUCGACCAGAUCAUGGGCGGCGACCGGGAGCGCUUCCCCACGAUGCAGGAGCUGAACGAGAUGAAGUACCUGGAGGCGUGCAUCAAGGAGGGGCUGCGGCUGUACCCGAGCGUGCCGCUCAUUGCCCGCCGGCUCACCGAGGACGUCGACAUCGACGGGUACGUGCUGCCGGCCGGCACGACCGCCAUGAUCGUGGUGUACCAGCUGCACCGCAAUCCGGAGGUGUUCCCCAACCCGGACAAGUUCAAUCCGGACCACUUCCUGCCGGAGAACUGCCGCGGCCGGCACCCGUACGCGUACAUCCCGUUCAGUGCCGGGCCGCGCAACUGCAUCGGCCAGAAGUUUGCCGUGCUGGAGGAGAAAUCGAUCAUCUCGGCCGUGCUGCGCCGGUACCGGGUGGAGGCGGUCGAUCGGCGCGAAAACCUUACGCUGCUCGGCGAACUCAUCCUGCGCCCGAAGAACGGGCUGCGCAUACGGAUUUCGCGGCGAACCUAGGGCGAACCUCUCUUCCGUAGCAGUUAGCGGCAGGGCGCGUUAUGACAAUAAUAGAUACUACGCGGGUGCAUGACUUCAGGGCAGGGAAAGGCGUGUUGUGAGCUGAUGUAUUUUUCUCUUUUCCCUCUAUUUUUUUUGUUGUUGUUUGUUUGCGUGUUUGCUGAACCGAGCUGUCAGCGUUUUGCGUUCAGUUAUGAAUAGAUUGGUUGCGUUUAUUCAUAAUAUUGAAUCAUUGCGGCCGUCCUCUCAGUCUGCUUUCAGCCCGUAAGAGCUUUUCUGUUUUUUUUUAUAUUGGGACUUUUACUUUCUUUUCCCCUUUCUUUUUUCUUCGGGUGUAGCUAGUAAGUAAGAAUAUAUCGAACUUUUGUUUUAGAUUUUAAUGAUGCGAAACAUGUAGGACGCCUACGACAAAAAAUGCAUACUGGAAAAGCGGCACAGCACACGAAAGAUCUAUCUGCAAAACAGUUGCACGUGUCACGAUCCCGUACGAAAAACGCGAAACGAAAAGCGAAAAAAAGAGCCAAAGCAUUCAGAAACCAGAGCGGCAGAGUAACGACGGGAUCGAAAUGAUCCUCCCAAAACGAUCGCGAUGCAAUUGUAUAGUGCGUAAUGGAAAGCAACGAUUUAUGGUAAUAAGUUGUAAUAAAAACUGACACAUAUCAACACACACACACAAACACGCACAACGCCGGUCUGGCUAAUGCAUAUAUCGAUAAAUUGUAUUAUGAAACGUUUACAUGCUUGGUACAAUUAUUAUUACGUCUAAAGCACUAGCUUAACAGUAGGCCCCGACAGUUACGCUCCGCCGUGUAAUAUUUUGUUGUUUUUCUCUCCCCUUCUCUCUCUCUCUCUCUCUCUCUCUCUCUCUCUCUCUCUCUCUCUCUCUCUCUCUCUCUCUCUCUCUGUCUCCCCUUGCCGGCGUUGCGACGCCAGUAUGUGAAGCAUGAAAUUUGGCCAUUUCAUUUGUGUAUGGAAGCGCCUACCGACGGCCGAUUUUAGCGAAACGCAUCCUUCGCCCGUUACGCUACGUUUUAUUUUGUGUUAAUUUAUGUUUGCGAUGUAAUUCCCUUCGCAUCCCGUCGGACUUGCUUUCCGGCGGAUGAACGUCGGGAAGGAUUUGGUGUCUUUCCUUUCCUUUCCUCUACUUCCUCUAUUUGGCGUAACCGUCCUACGCGAACAUGCCGGCCUUUGCAGGCCUUGCUAGCGGGUGGACGGUCCGGCGAGUACGACUGUACCACGGAACCGCCGCUUCCCCCGUAAUUCCUUUCCUUUUUACCUUCACUUAAUCGCUAGCAGUGUCUUAACCUACUUAACACACAAAAAAAAAAGAGCUGAUUUGGUGAACAAAUCCUAAGCAAGGGAACUGCUGUUGCGGGUGCAACCAGUACAGCCUCCAUGGAGAGAUAAAAUGUUAAACAUAAAAUGAAUUAAAACUGAAAACACGUAACCGCUCUAAACCGGACUGGAACUCUGCGCGCUAAAGUUUCUCGCGAGCCUUAAUGAUGUAUUUUUUGUUGUUCGUUUACCCAUUUGUGUGUUUAAUUCUGAUACGUAUAGGUUUUCUAUUUCUUUGUGUAAUGAUAAUAUUACCGCAGCAUUAUAUAUAUAAAUAUGAAUCGUACACGAAUAGCUGUCGUAGAUGGCGCUGGUUCCAUCGACGUGCAAACAAUAUAAAA